CAACUUUUAUUUUUCUCUGUUCUUGAUAUUUCUUUUUUCAAGCCUAGUUUUGUUUGAUUUCAAAUAAAGUGUUUAAUUUUUUAGUUAUUAUUUUCAUUUUUUGGUUCAAAAAAAAGAACCAAAAAAGACCAUUUUUAAGCAAGACAAGAAGAAUUCAUGGAAUUGAAGGAUAUGGUGGUUCUUGUGUCACGCUCCGGACGGCAUUUGCAACGUUACAACAAGGGUCGUCGUCAAGUCGUAGGAUGUAUACCUUAUAGAUAUAAAGACUUUACCGAGUUAUCGUUGAUCGAUGAAGAUGCAUUUGAAGUUCUUCUAAUAAGUCCACAAAGAAAAGGCAAAGGAUUGUUAUUCCCAAAGGGAGGUUGGGAGGAAGAUGAAACGAUUGAGGAUGCAGCACAACGUGAGACAAUAGAGGAAGCUGGAGUACGAGGUGAAGUUGAGUGUAAACUUGGAACAUGGUACUUUGAGAACAAAACCGGUGACACUGCCUACGAAGGGCACAUGUUUCCUCUGUUCGUAACAGAGGAACUAGACCAUUGGCCUGAGAAAGAGAUUCGCGAAAGAACUUGGAUGAAUGUGCGCGAAGCAAGAAAACUAUGUCAAAAUGGAUGGAUGAAAGAAGCAUUGGAAGUAUUAGUAAGUCGUCUCACAUCACAAAUAAGCAUAAUUGAACGUAGUUCAAGUGGUAGAACAACUAUACUUCCAUGGGGAUGUAGAGCUCAAAUACUUUCUCCACCACUAUCAAGUUCUACUGAAGAAGCAUAAUCGAUCCACUACGAAACCAACAUGGUUGAAGUAGUUUGUGAAUAGGAAUUAAUCGUUGAUAAUGGGUAAACCUAGCACGCGGAUUAAGUAGUUCACGAGAGUAACAACUCCGAUUUUAAAAGAACAAAUAAGAAAAAAUAAUAGUAGUAGAGGUUAGUCAUAGGAGUAUGUUGUUUGUUAUUUUAGAAUUGGAGUUGGUACAAUUGCUUUAGGGUUAGAAAUGAAGUCUAAUGUGAUUCUUAUAUUAGAAAAAAAUCUAGUAACUUACUGAAAUUUAGUAGUUAUUAUUAAAGUUUAAUUUAUUUGAACAUUUUAUAAUAUAAAGCUUGAUGAAGUAAUGAUUAUUUGUAAGUAGCUCCUGGAAACAGUGAUGUUGGAAAAUUAUUAAUGUAUUGAGUUGAAUUAUUGGA